GGCGUAGAAAACAAAGUGAGAGAUGGGCAUUUGGCUGAGUGAGAUUCUCUUUUCGCUAACUCUGAGGUGGCUACCUAGUCUCUAUUUCUGAAGACAGUCUUGUCUUGUGUUUCCUGUACUUGUCCUCUCUUGUGUAUUCGAACUAGAAGAUUGUUAGGUUUAUCCUAAACAGUUCUGAGUGCUGAGGUGAUAUCUUCCAGAACUCCUACAUCAGCAGCCAGAGAUGGAUAAGUGAGUGCUUUCCAGCAUGGAUGAUUACCACCUUCUUGGUGGAGGAGUGUAUGAAUUGAGUGACAGUGGAGGAAUAAUGGAUGAUCCAAGUCAUAUUGUGGGAGGAGUAGGUUAUGGAUCUGAAACCUCUCAGACUAUUGCGAGCUCAGGGAUGAUCCCAUCACAGUUAUCCCCUUCUGAAGCACACAGUCCAGGACAGAUGAUUAGUAGUAUUAUGACACGACAUCCUCAUGAUAAUGCAGAAAGUUAUCAAAUGGGGAUUCAGCAAGUAUACCAAGAAAAUGAUAUCCUUCAUAAAUUUCAACAUUAUGGUAGUUAUGAAAAUAUUUCAGGUAUGGUUAGUAAUCAGUUCUCAAGUGGAGGAAGGUUGCAACACGUAAAUAAUAGCUCUAUCCCACCACCUGGGGACCAGCAGACACCACGACCAUUAACACCCUCUCAAAUUUCUAAUUAUGAACAAGAAAACAUUCUGCCCUCUCAAUAUGCUCAGCUUAGCCAGCAGACUUCAGGACCUUCAAUUAAUAUUGGACAAAGUGCAUCUCAGUAUCCUGGCUAUAGUCGGGGUACUGUGCCUCAUCAACAACAGCUGGAUCAGACUGGAGACAUUUGGCAGGGAACUAUGUUACAACAGCAUGGUUAUCAGUAUAUGCCUCAGGGUCCCUCCUACUCUCACACUUCUCAGCCAACACCCUUGGCAUCAAUGCAGAGGUGCAUUGGUUCAGUGGGGAAUGUAGCUGUACCCAUGCAAGUUCCAAGAUCAACUACUCCGAACCAGUAUAUGUCACGGCAGGAAUUUACUGUGCCCUCCCCGAGCCAAACAACUGCUGAUCAGCUCCAAACUGUUUACACUGUCCAACCUAGUCUUAAUGAACCAUAUAUGAAUCAAAUGUGUGUUCCUGUCUCUCAGCCUUUGUCUCACAUUCCUGUAGCUCAGUCAGAACAUGGUAUGUCCUCUUAUUCUGCUCAGGGACAACAUUCUUUAAGUUUUCAACCAGGGGGCACAAGGCCUUGUUACUCACCUUCCAGCAGCCUUAAUGCUAUCAAUCCAGGGGACUCUGCAACCAUGCAAAAGGCAGGUUAUUCACCCUAUUCACACUUGAACUCAGGUCAACAACCCAUAACUCCUAUCCAACAAGCCUCAUCAACUACAAUACAACAGUAUCCUCAACAGUCUUAUUCUCCUACCAAGUCUUAUCAUCAUCAGUCAUCACAGCACCAAGCAUCCAUUCUUGGUAGAUCCAGCCCUUCACAACUGUCACCUUAUUCUCAAGUUCAGCAGCCAUCUCAAACUCCUAAUAGUCCACAAUACCAUCCAGGAUUUCUCCUUUCUCAAGUACAUGUUUCUCCAAGACAACCAACACCACCAGCAGAUUCUCCUAUGUCCGCUUCACAUACUCCAGAUCGAGUCCCUUAUCCUCCAACAUCUACAACUCCACAUUCUCAAGGAAGCUAUCCAAGCCCUGUAACAGGUCAUCUGUCCAGCCCUCAUCAAGGAUUGUCUCCUGGAGGAGGCAAGAAUGGACCAUCUAGUAGCUUACAACAAUUGGAGCAAAUGGUCAUGCCUCACAUAGCUGGUUCUAGUAAUUCAAAAGCCUCUACACCUAACUCUAGCAUGUCAUCUUCGAUGACUGGCCAUCCUGUUGGCAUGAUUGGUGCUUCUUACUACAGCUCUGUUGGUCAGGAUCAAUUGCAGCAGGUGCAACAACAUGCUGGUUGUCAUCCAUCUCCUUCUGUGUACCCUCAGUCCCAUGCCUCACGACAGUAUGGACACCAGCAAUAUAUAGGACAACCAGGAGUACCUGUUCCCACUUUGUCUGCAUCAGUGAAUAACUCUGUAGGAUAUGUGCCAAAUUCUUUGUCACUGCAGGCCUCUGGGCCCACUGUUAUGAAUGAUGGUGUAAGGAGUGUCAGCAUUCCACCUGCUGAAGUGGCUGUAACCACGAGUGUUACUUUCAGUGCAUCUAGUAAUGGAAAUAUCAUGCAUUCUUCUUCAUCAGUACCUGAUAUGUCCUGUUCUUACACUCAAGAUGCUCUAGUAGUUGCUUCAAAUCACACUUCUAUUUCUACCACUGAUCCACCGCUAUAUCCUGCACCUACAGCAUAUGAUGAAUGGAAUAUGCCAUUAAACUAUGAAGUACAUAACAUUCAGCAAGAGCUGCAACACUUGUAUAGUUUACCCCAAUCUCCUCAAAGUCAGCAAAAG